AUGUCUCUCCUCAAUUCUUCAAUUCCAAUUAUAUUCAAUCAGUUGUAUCUGAAUGGAGCGUAUAGCGCCUCUCAUUCAUCCGAGUCCAUUUCCAUCCUAAACCCGAAGGACAACACACUUGUCGCAGAUGGAAUUCCCAUUGCGGACGAUGUCGAUGUCGACAACGCCGUAAGGUUCGCUGAAGCAGCAUUCAAUGGUCCUUGGUCGAAGUUUAGUGCUACUGAGCGCUCGGCCUGUUUUCAUCGAUUGAUCAAUCUGCUCGAAGAGAAGUUGCCUGGAAUUCUGCGUCUUGACUCUUUGACGACGGGGAACCCGGUCUCACUCAUUCCGACCCGAGAGAGCAACUACAUUCGGAACUGUCUUUUAUACUAUGCGGGUUGGACAGACAAGCAACGCGGGGAUUACUUCCCUGACGACGACGGGUUCGUAAAGCUUGUCAGGCAUGAGCCUAUUGGUGUAUGUGUUGCCAUCAAUCCUUACAAUUCACCAGUGGCAUCCCUUUUCAUCAAAGCUGCACCAUGUCUGGCAACCGGAAAUGUACUCAUUGUGAAGCCAUCGGAAAAGAGCCCGUUAGGUUCCUUGGCAGUUGCAGCACUUUUUGAGCAAGCGGGAUUUCCACCUGGUGUCGUUCAGGUCUUGACAGGCGAUGGCAGUACAGGGGCGCGGCUUGCCAGCCAUAUGAGAAUCAGCUUCACUGGAAGCGUUGCGACCGGAAAGAAAAUCCAAGUUGCUGCAGCUCAAAGCAAUUUAAAGCGGGUCACAUUAGAGCUUGGUGGCAAAAGCCCGGCAGUGAUAUUCGAGGAUGCCAACCUGGAAAAUGCAGUUACAUGGACAAUCAACGGAAUCUUAGCGCGAACAGGACAAGUUUGUGUCGCGGCAUCUCGUGUCUACGUCCAGCGUUCAAUCGCUUCCAAAUUCAUCGACCUAUAUUGUGCGCGGAUGAAGGAUGCAGUAAAAGAUAUCGGUGACCCCCAGGAAGUCGAGACCAAGUUUGGACCACUAGCAGAUGCCGCGGCCUUUAAAAAAGUCCAGGCGAUGAUUGCACGGGCUAAGAAUGAAUGCGAGCUGGCCGUGGGCGGAAACCGCAUUGGCGAUCAGGGGUGUUUCCUCGAACCAACUGUCUUCCUGAACCCGAAGCCAGACGCUGAAAUUUACAAAAAUGAAGUCUUUGGACCGGUCUCGGUUAUCAAGACCUUUGAUACAGAAGCUGAAGUCAUUGAAUUGGCCAAUGAUACCGAAUAUGGACUGAUGGCAGGAGUGUUCACGCGAGACAUCAAUCGUGCCAUGAGGGUUUCUUCAAAGAUAGAAUCUGGUGUAGUAGGUGUUAAUUGCGUCAGUGUGAUGAACAUCCAAGUACCUUUCGGUGGUAAGAAAGCCUCUGGAAUUGGAAGAGAAUUUGGCGAAUAUGCUUUACGAGCAUUUACCGAACCAAAGACUAUUUUGAUCAAUAUGAAUUCAUAG